GCCGUGAUGCUUUGGUUGCAGCAUGCUGAAGAAGGUGUGGCUGUGGGAGUCCUCGUUUCCCGCUAAGUACGUGCGCCAAUAUGGCGGCCACAAAACCCGCCUGCGUCGAGGAUAGCGCCGGACCCAAGCCUCUGUCGGUCGGCAACGUCAGUCGGCGCCUGCAGGAGGAGAACGGGGCGGCUGACCGACUCUCCGACCGGAGCGAUGCUUCGUUUGCCACGGCGGAGCCGAAUCGGCAGCAGGCGCCUGCCGGCAAACUGAAGAAGACGGCCUUUAAGCUCUUUGGCGGGAAGCGCAGCAUCUGCACCCUGCCGAGCUUCUUUGGAGGGAAAAACAAAGGCCAAGAGAAGGGAGCCUCGAGAAAGGGCCUCAGUAAGAGCAAGACGCACGACGGUAUCAGCGACGUUGGGUAUGAAGAGGCUGGUUCCGGCCGCCUCAGGAGCCCCUCGGAGGGUGGGACGGACUUCCCGCCUCCCCAGCUGCCGAAUUCUCAGAGCGUGCUCUCGGGAGCGGAGGCCGGCCUUCGGGUCGGCUUUGUCCAGCAGUCGACGUCUCUGUCCAGGAGUUCCGAGGGCUUCGAGAAGAAACCCGCCGGAGAGAAAUCCCUGUUCCUCCCCAGGUCUAAGAAAGGGGGGCUGAGGGGCCUCUUCAACAGCAUCCGUCGCCACCGGAAGAGCAAAGCUGCCGAGCCGGAGAGGACGGAGCUGCAAGAAUGGAGUAGCAAGGACGGCGUGGCGCAAGAGCAGGCCAAGCCGAAUCAGCGGAGUGCCCUCGAAACUCAGCCGGCCUCCCAGAAGGGGAGUCUGAGAAGCGUGACUCUUCCUUCAGAGUGGGGAGAGAAUUUUCUCGGCGACGCUUCGCCUGGACUAGCAGCCAACCUCCAUGAGUCGAGGGAGGUGGACCUAGUGGUGGCUGCUGGGAGCGUCUCAGGUGGGGAUGCGGCCGAAGGCGCUGCAAACGUUGACGGUGCUCGAGACGCAGAACUGGACCCGGGCGAUGCCCUGGGUCCCAACUCUGGUUAUUGUGACCUUCCUGACACCCUCGAGCCGGAGGACCUAGACGACAGUCCUCCUUGUGUCCCAUCUGGGGACCAACUCAGCUUGAUGUUUGGAGAUGUUACUUCCCUUAAAAGCUUUGACUCUCUCACCGGCUGCGGAGACAUCAUAGCCGAGCCAGACAUGGACAGCAUCACCGAGAGUUCCACCUCUGCAGAGCGCAGCAGGGAUGCGGCCAAGAGGAGCUCCUGCCUGGUGACGUACCAAGGUGGCGGGGAAGAGAUGGCCUUGCCGGAUGAGAUCGAGGAGUAUCUCCAACAGGUGUGGGAAGGGGCCGUCAAAGCAGCGCCCGCCUAUGACACACGCCUGCCGGAGCUCAUGGCAAAAUGUGAGCUCCAAGGAGUGAAGGAAGGCAAGCAGGAAAGUCACCUCUACACUGAAGGUACGAGGAAUGACAUGGAGCUCUUAACGCCGCACAGUGACCAACAAGAAUCUGCUCCUAAUAGCGAUGAGGGUUACUAUGACUCGACCACCCCGGGUCCUGAGGACGAAGCUGGCGAUGGGCUUGAAGAAAUAAAAAAGGAACGCCUCCCGAGGGACAGCUACAGCGGCGACGCGCUUUACGAAUUCUACGAACCUGACGAUGCGCUCAUGAGCCCCUCUCAUGGGGACGAGUCCUGGUUUGAUAGGAAAGUGUCCCCACCGGAGAUCUUUGGCCAGUUCUUGGACUUUGCUCUCCCUGAUGAGAAGGACUUGGUUCAGAUGAUGGGUCAGAAAAACGAAGUGAUGGAAACGGAGGAGGAGAGGAUGGCUGUGAUCCAGAAGCAGCUGCUCUACUGGGAGAUGCAGAGAGAACCGGCCUUGAAACACCUAGAUAGGCUUAGCAAAGACGGGCAUCCAAGGGAAAAACAGCACAGUGAAUGUAAAAUGAGAGCAGCCAACUUAGCUGGCCAAAGUCCAGGUUGCCUUGGCUGUGAGCAAACUGCCCCUCAUUCUUUGAACAGUGGCUUAAAUGCUGGAAUAACAGCUGGAAACCAAGACUGGAAGGACCUGCGAAAGCCGCUGAGUCCAGAAAAGCGUUAUAACGGCAGUUGCGGUCCUAAUCCACACGGGAGUUGCCUUGUUCAGCUCGUAGGAAACACCUCUGUGUUGGAUUCUGGUUUAGAGCACACCAUCCUUGAACCGUGUGCUUUAAGUGACUUGGCCCUGGAAAAACCAGUGGCGUACCCUUUCUACCAAACGCACAGCUGCCGCAGCUGCCCACCGAGAGAGCCGCCCGAUACUGCAGAAGCUGACUUUGGAGAACCCCUAAUGGAAAGCAACUGCGAACUGGAGCAGGCCGUUAACUUCUCCCAAGCCUUGGUGGAGUUCACCAGCAGUGGGACUCUCUUCUCUAGCCUCUCUGAAAGUCUGGGCAGCUCCGACUCCGGCUCGGCGUUCACUCAGAACCUUCCUGCCCUCCCAACCAUGGUCACUUUUGAUAUCGUCGACGUAGAGCAGGAGGGCGAAGGGGAGUGCGAACAGCAUCUCGAGAUGAACGCGGACGAGGACAUCGCCGCGUCCUUCGAGGCCUUUGACGACAGCUACGUGCCGAAAGACUCCUUUGCUGAAUGUGACGAGAGAAUGUUUCCUGGGUAUUCCCCGGGCUCUUUCCCAAGCUGCAACUGGGGUGUCGCCAGCCUGCCCCGCCGGCUCCGGCUCCAGGAGUUGAGGCCUCCUGUGCCAGAGCCGCUGUCCAUCUGCAGGAGGAGCCGGUCCCUGGACACCGAGAGUCUGGAGUUUGAGCUGGCAAGCUUACAGCUGUCCAAGAACGGCUUUAAGCCCUGCGAGUUCUGGUCUCCAUGGAGCGGCUGCAAAAAGGAGCUGGAUCCUGCUGGAUUGAGCCUAGGCCAGGAAAGUGCCCCGUGUUCUCCAGAAGAACGGGAAGGUGAUGCUGGUGUCCUUUCCUGGCCAGGGUUAUCGAAUGUAGCCUACAGCGAGGAGUUUUCCUCCCAAGACGUGAAACCGUGGGAUUGUGACCUGAAUGUCUCGGCCUUCCAGAGCACCUGGGGGUCACGGCCAGAUGUGGAGCCGCCAUUCACAGCCCUGGUCCAGAACUCUGCCAAGGAGCCUUCCGGGAAACCUCACGCCGAUGGACCCAGCUGUCCAACACCUCCACCAGCAAGACCGAUGGCCAGGCCUUCCAAUCUGCCUCUGCAAACUCCCGUGGUGUCCCAAGAGGUAUGCACCUCUCACAGGCCUGGCGCCGACAGCCGGGCUAAAAAGCUUGCUUGGGUUCUCCCUUUGGAAGAGGAAAGUGCCAGCUUGCCGCCGAACUUUGGUUUUGCUCGUUCUCCCGACAAGUCAGCAAUAUGUAGACCUGUGGGUGAUGCAAGGAAUGUCCCAGCUUCACAACAAGCAGUGCUGAGGCCUUUGUUCGGGGAGGCGGGGCAUUGCGGGAGCUGUGGGUUGGAUUUCCUGAGUGGGAGGGCCCCAGAUCGGAAGACGGCCCCUCUCCACUGCCAGAACGCCAUGAUGAAUGUAACAAGAGCCAAAUAGAGGGUUAAGGGAGGAUGAGGAGGGGCUUCGAGGAGGCGUAAAACACACGGCCAACGGUUAACUUUGAUUUAGAGCUGGGAGUAACAGAUUGAAUUCUUGCUUCAGUGGUGAGUGAGGCAGAGCGUGUCCUGUGCGACGUCUGCUGUUGCUCAGUGCUGUGAUGGUGCUUCUCCUUAUGAGUAAUACGGAUUCACCCUUCCAUAAUAUGGGCCACUGUUCAUUCUGAAUGCAGUAGGGGAAGAAGGUUGUCAGCCCCAGACGAAGGCAUCUUUAAAGUUUCCAGCUUGGCUUUCUAGUUAAAAUGGGGGGUGAGAAUCAUUUCUUAAAACCCAGUUGGGUGGCCAAAGUUAAAGGAGUUUUGGGGGGUUAGUUUUUAGCUGGGUGGUGGGCGAAUGUCAACGUGAUUGCAAUUUUAAAAACUGGAAUGGUUUGCUUACACUAAAAAUAUUUUUUUUAAAAAAAAGAUCAGUUUUAAUAGGGCAAUCCUGUGUGUGUCUUCUUGGAAGUUAAACUCCAUUGGAUUCCUUUAGGAUUACUUCCAAAUAUGUCUGUAUAACCGGCUUCCCCAAACUGGUGCCCUCCAAAUGUUUUGGACUUCAACUCCCAUCAACCCCAGCCAGAACGGACAAUGGUCAAAGAUUAUGGGUGCCGUAGUCCAAAGCAUCUUGGAAGGCAUCAGGUUAGGGAAAACUGGUGUAUGAGACUGCAGCCAUGCAGUUCCAUCCUGUGCAUGUUUACUUGGAAGUAAGUGCCACUGUGUUCAACUGGGCUUACUCUUUAGCAAGUGUCUUUUAGGAUUGUAGCCACAGUGGCUCGAGGGGAGCCCUUGCGUUGGGUGGCAUUUGGGAAGUGGGUGGUGAGAUCCAUGAAGUAUGUUCUAAUGGUUGGCAGUAGCAAAAUGGGAACAAGAAGUCAAUGGAUGUGGGUUAAAAUAGGUCAAAGAGUGACCAGCGGAGAAGGGGGAGGCCUGUAUCGGAUUGCGCUGUAAAAAAAUACAGCAUACGUUAUGGGCGGUGCUGGAGAGGAGUCAAAAUAGUUGGAGAAUUGCAAGCUUCAAGGGGAUAAGUGUGUGUAUGUGUUAAAAAAAAAUUGUGCUUCACCUGGUCCCUCCUGGAAUAUUGAUUUCCAUUAUUUCCUUGUUAUGACUCAAUUUCAUUUGGUGGAAUGCCUGAUAGAACCAUUUUGCCUGUGAGCCCUUGAGCAGAGAGACCGAGGGAGUGAUGUUGGGAUACCUGAAUGCGGUGGAGGCUGGUGGCUCUGAUAUCAGUAGGGUGGUGAAUACGCACCAGAUUUCAGUCAGAACUCUAAAGAAGCUGUCCAAGGUACAAAGGGUGGUGGAGGAAAAUGAAGCCCCGUGGAGAGCUCCUUUAGCGUUCCGACUGCUUUUGAGUGAAACCCGGAGCGGUUUCGCUGCCCUCCCGACGCGAGAGCUGCCAUUUCCCACUGCCUGGAUGCAGAUGGAAUUCUGGGCAAAUCCAGUCUCCAUACCAGGUUGGGGAAGACUGGUGUGUUGUUUUUAAGGGAGGUAGCUAGAUGAUGGAUUUACGCUGUUGAUGUGAUGCAAGGCUCACUUUCAUCUAGAUUGGAAAAUAGAAUACAGUAGCGUUUCCCAAGCUGGUGCCUUUUCAGUGUUUUGGACAUCAGCACCACCUGACAGCAUGGCCAAUGGUCAGUAACGCUGGGAAUUGUAGUUCAAAAAAUCUAGAAGGCACCAACAUUGCCUCCAUUGGGUAACUUCUUCCUCGUUUUCACACAGGCUGCCUGGAGGAUUUUGCCCCAAGAACCGAAUGUGUUCAUCUCUUACUCAGUUGCCCCUAAUGACAUCCAAUUCCUAAUGUCCACAAGUCAACCAUAAAAGCCCUGCAGGAUUCGAUCGUAGGUCCAUCUAAUUCACCAUCCUGUUUCCUGCAGGAACCAGCUUGAUUCCCAUUGGAAGCUCACAAGCAGGACAUGAGAAGAACAACCCUCCUGU